AUGAGUUUAAUCAUUCAUCACGUCUUUGUGUUUGAGUACAAAGGAUAUAUUUUUAUUAUAGAAAAAGUUGUCGGCUUCUUUCAAGAUUAUCAAACAUCAGAAAUAUCUCCAACAAGGUUAUGUUAUUAAAGUUUUGAGACCAGAGGUGAUUAGAUAAAUAUUUUUCUGAGAGAGUUAAAUUUCAAAUAUUUCUUGUUUUGGAAACCCGUUGGCAAUUAGCAAUUGAAACAGAGAGCGUCGCCGAAAACUAACACAAAUACUAAAACAAAAUAGCUUUAUUCAGAUAUGGAAUUUUAAAAUUAUGAUAACAAAGUUAAUAGAGUAAACCUCUAAAUACUACAUAAUGAAUAAAGGGGUAAGUUUCUAAAGAAACUGUGGUGCUGCGUCGGUGGGAGAGUAUAGCAGGUAAUUUAGUGUUAACAACUGGGUUGAAAACGUAAAUUUUCGUCUGAUGAAGGGCUAACGCUCGAAACGUCAGCUUCUUUACUCUUUACGGUGGCUAAUUUACGUUUUCAACCCAGUUGUUAACACUAAAUUACCUGCUCUAAAUACUACAACUAAACAAGUCUUGACUUGUAUUGUAUAGGAAUUCCUUUUUUCUUUUUUUUCCAAGUACCAUAUUACCACCUUUAGAUGCAGAUGUUUCUCGAAAUUACUCGAACAAUCGUGAAAAUGUUUAGGUCAUUAAUUAAAACUCAGCACACAGCAAGGAGUAACAGCCUUUCAUUCCCAUGAGAGACGAAUAGGUUAUUUCUCCUCACAGUAUCACGAAAACAGACGGGUAAUGUGUGAGCUGAUAAAGAAGAUAUAGACAUUGCACUAUUGAGCAGUAAUUUAUCAAAACUUUCGCCAUGAGAAAUACGCAGAAAAGGUGAUAAGGACUAAUGAUGAGAUUUUGAGAGUGAAAAGGUUUUAGGUUUUAUACCAUCUAUCUUAUUCUGCUGAUGAAACGAACCAGCGGUUACACAGGCAUAAGAUUAUGCGUACUGUAAGAAUACAACAAGGUAAUUUGGUAUUAUCAACUGAGCUGACAACGUAAAUUGGCUACCGUAAAUAAAAUCAAAGCCGACGUUUUCAGCGUUAGCCCUUCGUCAGAACGAAAGCAGAUAUUAUCAACCCAGUUGCUAAUAAAUGUCAAAUUACCCUGUUAUUCUCUCCCACCGAUGCAGCACCACUGUUUCUUAAGAAACUUACCCCCUUUUUUGUGAGAGUAACCGUCUAACGCCGUAAUGAAUUUUUGAUUGUCAGUGCAAGAGGCUUGGUAGAAAAAAAAGGAUUAAAUCCUUUCUUAGAAAGUUUUACCGAGAAAACAUCCAACUGAAAAAUUCAAAAGCGGUGACAAAGUUUUAGUCAAAACAUAAUUUGAUGCAGUUUUAGUUUUCUCUUAAACAAUUUGUUUUACUUAUUUUAAUGCUGAUCCUUAACAAUCUCAGGAGGCUGGCUUCGUGUUUGAAACUUGGUCUUCGACGGUUACUAUAAUUUUUAAGUGGAAACAACAUUUCAUAGGCUCAGUACUUACCCAAACAAGAUGUGUCUCACGAAAAGCCACGACAGAGUUAAAGAAAAAAAUGCAUGUCUUUUAAUCAACUUUAGAUUCCAUUGCAGUAAACAACAAGGACGAUGGAGCUGUAAUUCAGACUGCAAGUGGCGAGACGGAUGCUCAGCCCAAAGCCUGCGGCUCAUUUGAGAGGAUUCAAUUUGUUGAUGAUAGCUCGUUUUGGGCGGGAGUUUGUUCCAGUUGGAGAAAAGUAAAAGUUUUCUACAACGUUGAUAAAUGGGGACAUAGCCGUGAUCAAAACAGAUUGUAUGAUCAGUCUGCUUUUGAAGUAGCUCUGUACCAUUUGAAUCUGUGGCCGUAUACAACAAGAUGGGAUUGCGAUGAUUGGAAAGGCCCAAUAUUUCUUGAGGAUUUCUGGAAAGUUUUUGUCCGCUAA